AUGGCGACUUUUGCGGGCCGAUUCGGCGUCUGGCUCAAGUCCGAGGUUCAGGAAGGCGUCGAAAAAGAGGACUUGGGUGAACGCAGUGGCCCUCCAUCGUGCGACUGUUACGUCCGGUUAAAAAUUCUGCUUAAAAAAGAGAUGCACAAAGGCAUCAGUAUCAUGAGUCUUAUCACAGGUACUCCUGACGAUCUUACGCUGAAAAAGAGGCAACGAUGGUUCGCUCCUUAUCGCAUGCAAGAGGAAACUUAUAUCUCCUCCGAGCGAGAUGAGCAUAGCCAUGUCCAAUCCAACGAGGAGGACAUUUGUGUUGAGUAG